CGCGAUCUUCAAUCUUUCCAAGGAACAAUGAGUCGCUCAAGUAGAACACUCUAUGUUGGCAAUCUUCCCGGUGACAUUCGUGAGCGGGAAGUAGAAGAUCUCUUUUACAAAUAUGGACCGAUAGCCCAUAUUGAUUUGAAAAUCCCACCAAGACCCCCUGGUUAUGCUUUUGUUGAGUUUGAAGAGGCUCGUGAUGCUGAAGAUGCUAUUAGAGGUCGCGAUGGUUAUGAUUUUGAUGGGCACCGGCUACGGGUGGAGCUUGCACAUGGAGGUCGUGGAAAUUCAUCAUCAAUCGAUCGUUACAGUUGUUACAGCAGUGGGCGUGGUCCCCAUGGUGGAGUGUCCAGAUGCUCUGAAUAUUGCGUGUUAGUCUCCAGAUUGCCUAGCUCUGCUUCUUGGCAAGACCUUAAGGAUCACAUGCGUCGAGCGGGGGAUGUGUGCUUCUCCCAAGUUUUUCGCGAUGGAAGUGGUACAACAGGGAUUGUGGAUUACACAAACUAUGAUGACAUGAAAUAUGCAAUUAGGAAACUUGAUGACUCUGAGUUUCAGAAUGCUUUUACUCGAGCAAUAGUUCGUGUAAGGGAGUAUAAAUCAAGCCGAAGCCGUAGCCGAAGCCAAAGCCGAAGUCGGAGCCGGAGCUAUUCCAGAAGCCGCAGUCGUAGUCGCUCUUACUCGAGAGGCAGGAGCUACAGUCGUAGCCGGAGUUUGAGUCGGAGCAGGAGCAGGAGGUUGGAUCAUCAAGUCUCCGAAAGCCAAAUCUGCGCAUCGAUCACUUGCUAAAUCUCGGUCAAGGUCUGCUUCUCGUUCUCGUUCUGGAUCAAAGCCACGUUCUCUGUCAAGGUAUACCUUUAUUGUUAUAAUUUGAGCUUGAUCAUAGAGAUAUUCAUCAUUAUUCCAUGGUUUCAUACUGUUUCCCUUGGAUGACCACUA